UAUAUAUGAGGAAGAAAAAAGAAAUAUAUAUAUAUGGGGGGAACUUAGUAGACUUUGCCAUGACAGCUUUAUACAGUAAAGAUGACGUUUCCUCCGGAGUCACGUGACUCUUUACAGUAAGUCCAACAUGGCAGACGGAGUGGAUCUUACGCGGUAACUAAACGCAACAUUUUCAACUGGAAACGGAGGCGUUCAACAGUCCGCAAGAAGACGUCAACAAUGAGGGAGAGACAGACGAAGAAGAAGGGGAGGACGUGGGCGGAAGCCGCAAAAACGGUUUUGGAGAAAUAUCCCAAGACGCCCAUGAGCCACAAAGAGAUCUUGCAGGUGAUCCAAAGAGAAAGACUGAAGGAAAUAAGUGGAACCUCGCCGCUGGCAUGUCUGAACGCAAUGCUGCACACAAACUCUCGUGGAGAGGAGGGGAUCUUCUACAAAGUCCCAGGCAGAAUGGGGGUCUACACAUUAAAGAAGGACAUCUCGGACGCGGCGAAGGAGCUGUCCGAGGAGAGCACCAAAGAGAGCAGCGACAACCUGUCGGAUUCCCAAAGCACGGAAAACAGCAGCGGUGCUGUCGCAGGAGACGUCAGGAGAGGCCGGUGGAUGCGAAGAGUUCCCUCCAAGCUGCAGUCACAGCUGUCGUCGCCGCAGCCUCGAUGCCCGCCGCCCUCCGUCCCCGGUAAACUCAUCUCUCCGUCGCAGAAGCAUGGCAAGAAAGCUCUGAAGCAGGCCCUGAAGCAGCAGAGAAACCAGCGCAGACAGCGGGGGAGGAUGCCGACCACCUCCAGCCCCAGACUGCUCCUGAAAACCAUCAAAGACAUGGCUGACAACAUCGCCUCCAAGACGGACUCGUGCCACCCAGUCGUCCCUCGGAAGGCGUCUCAGAGGUCAUGCCGGCUCGGUGCAGGACAGCUGAAACGCACACAGUGUAGAAUCGACGUGGAGACGCCCGACUCCAUCCUGGUGAACACCAACCUCAGGGCGAUCAUCAACAAGUACACGUUCUCCGCGCUGCCGCCGAAGCGCCAACAGAAGCUGCUCACGCUUCUCCCGGAAGUUGACCGGCAGGCCUGCGUGGACGGCCUGCUGAAGCUCACGGGUUCUGCCCUGAACAACGAGUUCUUCACGUCGGCGGCUCAGUCCUGGAAGGAGAGGCUGGCUGAGGGGGAAUUCACUCCCGAGCUGCAGCUACGAAUGCGCCAAGAAAUAGAGAAGGAGAAGAGAGUGGAGCUGUGGAAGGAAGUCUUCUUUGAGAACUAUUAUGGGCAAAAUUCUGGGUUCAGCUUUGAGGAAUCCAAAGAGCUGACUGAGGCUGAUGUGCAUCACGAGUCGAGCAGGCCGCGUUCCCCGCCCCGCCAGACAGGACCCACCGAUCCCAAGGUCACCGAGGACGGCGGCGGCCGGAGCGAUGCUGCCGCGGCGAAAGACGCGAGGCCCGCGAAGGAUCCUCCGAAGACGCAGCCCGCUCAGAGAGAGCCCGUCUCCACCGGCGAGCCCAUGAAGACACGGCGAGCGCAGUACGCCGAGGAUCGGCAGUUGAGCGGCGCGGCGGCGCAGCCCGGGCCGCCAACAGCCGCGACGAAAGCACCCGACGGCGAGAGGUCGGCCGAACGGGCCGAGGCAGCUGAAGAGGGAGCGAAGGAGGAGGAAACCCAGCUCCCCGAGUCGCCUGUGAAGAAGAGCCGACCGCCGGCGAUGACUAGUUUGGAGAUGAACGAGGAUCGGCCGAUGUCCGUCGUUACGCCGGCCGAGGAGAGCACGGAGGUCGUCUCUGAGCCCUCGGAGCCGCUGAAGAGGAAAUCCCUCAGUGAGAUCGGGGAUGAUUCCACUCCAGAGAAAAGGCCCCGCGUCUCCUCCGUCUUUCCCCCAGCGUCGUCCGCACCGAGCGCCGCCGCUCCGGCUCCAUCGACGCAUCCCAGGGUUCCACCGCUCACGAUCCCAGCGGCACAAAUUCUUCCCGUUCCUUCGUCGACGAGGCCGGUCUCGCCCAGGACCCCCCUCCCGGCCCUGCUCAGCAGCCCGGUUCGCACCGGCGCUCGCACUUUGGCUGACAUCAAAGCCAAAGCUCAGCUCGCCCGGGCGCAGCGGGCAGCAGCAGCGGCCGCCGCCGCAGUGUCAUCCGCAGCCAAGGGAGCGGUGCCGGGCCCGGGGGGAGGAGGAGGUGGUGUAGAGCAGGCACGGCCGUUGGCGAGCCCGAGCUCAACGGCCCCGACCGGGUUACCAGCCUCCAGCUGCAGCUCCAGUCGGACCGCUGCACCUCCAUGUCGCCCGCUGGACCCAAACUGGUCUCAAACUUCUCACCCCACCAGAACCCAUGAAGAACGCCAACCUGCCGGUUCUGUCGGCGCAGGAACCGGCAGCGUUGACAUUCAGCACUUUCCGUCAUCUCUGCACUCUGUGACGGGACAGGAGAACCCGUCACUCGCUGGAUCAACCGAGACCAGCUCCUGUCUCCCCGCAAACAACCCACUGGUCGCUCGGCUCCUGCAGGUCCUCCCGAAACCGCUUUCCCCGGUGGAGGUGAAGAUGUCGAACGUACCCUGUGGGAGCAAAGGGUCCGAUCAGCUGUCCCACCAGAUCAAUGCAGCAGGACGGGCAGCACCGGGCUCAGAGUGCACGAGACACCGCAGGGAACCUCCCGAUAAGGAGACUCAGGAGCAGAUCCUGCAGGCGCUGAUGCAGAGGAAAGGCCGGCCGGGCCAGCCUCAUGGUGGUCCGGGGCCUCAGCAGCACCAACACAGAGUCCACCAGCCGGUGCGUGCAGAAGAACCUGAGGACCGGUCCAGGAUUUCCGUCGGAUUUCUCGGUCGAAAGAGGAUCCCCAAGCCCGCCGUGACGGGGCAUUACCUGCUCAACGUGUCCACGUACGGCCGAGGACCGGCGAGCAAGAGGCUGCUGCAGCCGGCCGGCAUCCCCAACCUGUCCAGUUGGAAAAGGGAAAGCGCAGAAGAAGACGAGGAGGAGGAGGAAGAGGAGGAGGCGGCGGAGGCUAAGGAAGAAGAACCCGCCAGGAAAUGUUUCUUUCCUGCUUCGGUGGUCAAAAAGGAGCAGCACGGAUUCUCCAUAACCACGUCCGAGGAGGCGGCGAGGAUUCAGCAUCGCUCCGAUAUCAAGACCGAGAGCGGGUCGGAGGACGGCGUCGAUGGCGCCAAAGACGCCGCCGCCUUUUCUCAGUACCUCGAACUCCGCAAUAGCAACGGAGGACACUCCCAGCCAUAUCUCCCACUCGAUAAUCGUGACUUGGCGGCGGCGGCGGCGGCGCGCUACGGCGGCACCAUCAGCAUGUCCGUGCCUCACACGCUGAGCCACGCCGGCGCCGGUUCGUCCGUGGCUGCGGCCGAGUCCGGCGGCGGCGUGGUGUCCUUCUCGGUGACCGUCACCACCAUACCCGCCGGUCGCUCAAUGGACCGCGGCGACCACGGCGAGCCUUCGCCGCCCGGGCAGUCGUUCAUGGAGGGCGGCGGCGUGGAGGACGUGCAGUCCAAGUGCUACUGCCGGCUGAAGGCCAUGAUCGUGUGCAGCGGCUGCGGAGCCUUCUGCCACGACGACUGCAUCGGGCCCUCCAAGCUGUGCGUGUCGUGUUUGGUCGUGCGGUGACGUGAACCGAUACCGAGAACUAAUGAAUCGGAUUGAAGCGAGGGCGGAGGAUAAAACAACCUCCAGCACGUGGCCGCUGUAAGACGAAAAGAACUUCCGAGGAUUUACACUGGAUGUUUUUUUUGUUUCAACGACACGGAUGCAACGUUUUUUUGGUUGCUUUCGUGCAUUUCUUUCGGAGAGAAAUGUCCAAUCAGUUUUUUAAAAAAUCAUCAGUAUGAAAAUUUUAAGUCUGGCAAUGUUUGCACUCGGUGAGGAUUAGCGUGAUAUAUAUUUUUAAAUAAAUACGUAUAUAUAUGUGUAGUAGUUUAACAACGACGAAAAAAAGGAGGGAAAAAUGAAUGUUGAUAUUUUUGUAGAACAUAAUGACUGACACUUUUUUAUAUUAAUCGGCCUGAUAGUUGUGGUUUAAAGGCUAAAAAAUAAAAUAAAGGGCGCUAAUGAUAAUCAUUCGUUGUAGAGGACAUCCUGGCAUUUAUGCACGAGUGGCAGGAAAGUGUAACUCACGGUAACUGUUUUAUAUUUAAAAGAAAUACAUUUAUUACUGAUCGGAUUUAAGAACAAAUAAAAAAGAAGAUGUAUAGUUUUAGAAAGAGAAUAUAAAUGAACGGCAUUUUGAUGCCAUGAAAUCAUUUUUUGACCAACAGUUAAACGGCAAAGCACUUAAAAACCACCUGGAUAUGAGGUAGUACCUGUGUACUGUACUUCAUAAAAAAAACAUAUAUAUAUAAUAAUAAUGUAUAUAUAAAAAUGCCUACAUGUUCCGUUUGGCAGACUGAGAUCUUUUCUAGGUCACUUCCUACUGUGUGAACCUUCAUUUAUUCACCCAAAAAACAAACAAAAAAGCAAGUUUGUCUUUUGAAAUAUUUGCAGUGAGAAGAAACUCAAUGCAACAUGAAGAAAACUGUAAAUAUGUGCUAAUAUUUACAGUAUAUUCCUAGAUGUAGAAAUGUGUUUUUAAUUGUAUUCGCGCGGCACACGUUGCUUAUAUCUUGUUUAUUACAAAAGGAUUUUUUUUAAUGUGGAAAUGAAAUGGAAGAAAAACAGUACCUUUAUGCUAAAAAUGCUAAACGCUUUUAUCAUGAAAUGAUUUGAGCGUAGCGACGCGUCACUUUGACAGGCGAGUGGAACACCUCCAUAUUUAAAUGGCCUUUCUUAUUCCAGAGAAAUUUAGAGCAUUUUAAUGUGGCGGGAGCACAAAAUAUGACUGGAUCCUGUUUAAAUAACGCACAUCUAUAAUGUGUACAAUGAAUUUGGAUGACGUAAACACAUCGUGGACCCCUGCUUCACCUCACAAUAGCAUUCAGAAUUACCUCGGUAAGGUUUUUUGGCAAUUUUCAAAUUAAGACUUUUAUUUUGAAAUCUCCCAGAGGUGCAAAGUAAAGGCCUGUUUCAUAGAAAUUAUGUUCAAGGUAACAUGCCAAGUCACCUUUUUUUUUUUUUUUUAAAGAGUCAUAAAGUAAUAUAUUUUAAUAUAAAAAAAACCUUUUUUAAAAAAUGUUUUAAUCAACACGGUAUUUACUAUAAUAAUAUAUUGGCUGUCCGUUUUUUGUUUUUUUCUAUAAUUUUGUUUUGGACUGGGCAGACCACCAUACAGAGAAUAACUUUACUUUUAUAAAUGAAAUUGCCCAGGUAUCAAUAUCCCAGCUUUUUGUCAAUGGAUCUCGUUGAUCUGUAUGUUCCCAUGGAGAUCUUGUCGUAUAUGUGUGUAAUGUUUGUGUCAUUACCUUAUGAAAACUAAAAGAUCUCUUUUUAAAGCACCAUUUGUAGGUCAGUGGAUUAAACAAAGUCCAUUUUUUAAAUGUAUUUAUUAUUAAAUGGGGCUUUAUGUCUUGUGGAAAAUAGUUUUUUUAGAGUCCGGAGAAGUUUUCCACAUAAUUUGUAGCAUAGUAAUUUCACUAAAACUGGCAUACCAGUGUUUUAUUUAGUUAACACAAAUUUAAUAUAUUCCCCCAUAAAUAUUUAGGUCCUAUUUGGUUGAAUGUGAUGUUAGAAUGUUGUAUUUAACUCGUGUUUGGGGACUGGAUUGCACUGCAAAAAACAAUUAACAAACACAAUCAAACAACUCAAAAGGCAGCUGAAAUCUUUGUUAAGGGACUGAAACGUGAGGCGGUGAAGUUCUACCCGUUGUGUGUGCAUUCAGAAGAGAAAUUCAUAGAAAUAAUGUCCACAAAGAGGUCAUGGGCAAUCAUCACCAUUUUGGAAAUGUCAACUGUCAUCUCUAUGAAUUUGUUCAAUAUGUCUGUCUUCUUGUCUCCAUUUAAACUCCAGGGUGAAUGUAAUCAGCACUUAUAAACAACAAAGUGUAUUUUAUCAGAAGUUAUAGACUAUUAUGAAUAAAUAAUGAAAAGAUAA